CAUUGUCCAUGUGUUAAUUUCUCAUCUAUCACAUAUUUUUGUUAAACGAACCACAAAAAAAAAGAUAUUAUCAAAAAGACAAGGCAAUCAAGAUAAACCAGUAACAUUUCUCCACGUGUCAGUCGCUAACAAGAAGUUCAGAUUUUCACUGGAUGAGAUGUUUGCCUAAUAAAACUCCACACAGCCUCAUCUUCAUCCUCUAGCUCCUUGCUCUCUCUCUACAGCUUCUGCAACUCUCUCUAUGGCUGCUGAAAUGGCGUUAGUGAAACCCAUCUCCAAGUUUGCAUCUCCAAGACUCUCCAACCCGAGCAAAUACCUCUCUGGCCAACGUUUCUCCACCGUGAUCAGAAUGUCAGCCACCUCCUCGCCGCCUCCUCCGGCUACUGCCACCGCGAAGUCCAAGAAGGGCACGAAGAAAGAGAUUCAGGAGUCUCUUCUGACUCCGAGGUUCUACACGACGGACUUCGAGGAGAUGGAACAGCUUUUCAACACGGAGAUCAACAAGAACCUUAACGAGGAAGAGUUCAUUGCUCUGCUUCAAGAGUUCAAGACUGAUUACAAUCAGACACAUUUCGUUAGGAACAAGGAGUUUAAAGAAGCUGCUGACAAGUUGCAGGGGCCUCUCAGACAGAUCUUUGUUGAGUUUCUUGAGCGGUCUUGUACUGCUGAGUUCUCUGGGUUCCUUCUCUACAAGGAGCUUGGUAGAAGGCUCAAGAAAACAAACCCUGUUGUUGCUGAGAUCUUCUCUCUUAUGUCCAGAGAUGAAGCAAGACAUGCCGGGUUCUUGAACAAGGGUUUGUCUGAUUUCAACUUGGCUCUUGACUUGGGUUUCCUGACAAAGGCAAGGAAGUACACUUUCUUCAAACCCAAGUUCAUCUUCUACGCCACUUACUUAUCCGAGAAAAUUGGGUACUGGAGAUACAUCACAAUCUACAGACACCUCAAGCAGAACCCUGAGUUCCAGUGUUACCCUAUCUUUAAGUACUUUGAGAACUGGUGCCAAGACGAGAACCGUCAUGGAGAUUUCUUCUCUGCUUUGAUGAAAGCUCAGCCUCAGUUCCUCAAUGACUGGCAAGCCAAGCUCUGGUCUCGUUUCUUCUGCCUCUCGGUUUAUGUGACAAUGUACCUCAAUGAUUGUCAAAGAACUGAUUUCUACGAGGGUAUUGGGUUAAACACUAAGGAGUUCGAUAUGCACGUCAUCAUUGAGACAAACCGAACCACGGCAAGAAUCUUUCCGGCUGUGCUGGAUGUUGAGAACCCUGAGUUCAAGAGGAAACUGGAUAGAAUGGUUGUGAUCUAUGAGAAGCUGACGGCUGUAGGAAAAACAGAUGAUCCUUCCUUUGUCAAGAACCUCAAGAAGGUUCCUCUCAUUGCUGGUUUAGUCUCUGAGAUCUUGGCUGCUUAUCUCAUGCCUCCUGUUGAGUCUGGCUCUGUUGACUUCGCUGAGUUUGAGCCUAAUCUUGUCUAUUAGUAGCUGCCAUUGUCAAGUUCUUGGUUUCUUGUAACUGAAUGAUGGAAACUUAGAAACAUCUAUUUUUGUUUGC